UUCAUUACGGACCGACAGCUUGCCACGGUCGUUUGAAAUAUACAAAGUAUUAUUAUCACAUAGCUGUGUGUUUUGUAAUGCACGUAGUUUGAAACUGCCUCUUAUAAUGUUGCAGCUGUGUUGAGCUCGAUGUGAAAGUUACAGUUGCAGGAUGUUGUGAGCAUGUAGCCUCCGUGUGUGUCAACAAAGCGACGCAGACCGUCGAUGGUUCCGCUUUAUGUUUCAAACACACAACACGAAGCUGAAACGGGUGUGUUUCCUGCAGUUUAUUUAAGCACUCGGGCUCAUCUUCCUCCUUUAUGGAGUCUCUCAACACGUUUGAGUCAGAGAUGGAGGGUGAUGGACAGGGCAGCUACUCACUGUUUCCUGCUCUGGACAGCAUCGCUGGUCUCUCUGGGGCAGCUGAAACUCUGGAGAGUGAACCACCAAGUGAAAUAGCCGAGAAGCCAAACCUGACGUGGCUUGAUGCUGCUCAGAUUGUCCUCGAGGAGGCUGGCCGGCCCAUGCACAUUAAAGAAAUCAAACAGAGAAUCGUCGACAGGGGACUUGUUCAAUCCAAUGCAAAAUCCAGCCUGGAAGCUGUCAUGUACCGUGAGACACAAAAAGGCAGCAGGAGAUUCAAGAGGAUUGAAAACAGAAACGGAGUCUUUGCACUGCUGACCGACGAGGAGCGGCAGCAGGCCCUGCAGGCCUUCACCGCCCAGUCCUUCCUCAGCUCUCCUCAGCAGAGCACCAUCUCCAGCUCUGGCUCGGGCACCACGGCAGCCGCCUUCCCUUCUCCCGCCAGUUCCUCUGAACACAGAGGCAAAAUGAAGAGAGGCCUGCGGAAAAACCAGAAUGAAAAGUACAGGCUGAAGUACCUCAGGCUGCGGAAAGCUGCUCGAGCUAUGAUAUUUGAAAACGCAGCUCUCUGUGACGAAGUUGCUCACUUAGAAGAGAAGUUUCUGAGGGCAAAGGAGGAGCGCAGGUUCCUACUGAAGUCGUUGCUGCAGUACCAGUCCCUGUCAGAGGGGGACGUGCUUCCUACACCCAGCUCUGGCACUCAUCUGCCCUUGCAGCCUGUGGCAUUAGCCCCAGGCCCCGCAGGGGCGCCAAGCCUCUCCGGGUCUCAUAGCCUGACGUCAGUGGCGUCAGCAGAGGAAAUACCACUUAAAAAACCCAAGAAGGAGAGAAAAGAGCGAGCCAAGGAGAAUGGAAAGGAAGAUCUUCCAAAGAAGAUUUCUAAGAAGAGGAAGCUGACGGAUGGCUCCAGGAAGCUGGUGCAGCCCAUCCCUCUGGAUUCGUCUGGUCGUCCCGUCUUUCCCAUCGUGCUGGGAGGUGUGACGGUGUACAGUCUGGGAGAGAUCAUCACUGACAGAAUGCUGUUCCACGAUGAGUGUGCCAUCUACCCGGUGGGGUUCUGCAGCACCCGCGUCUUUGCCAGCAUGAAGAACCCCGACCAGCAGUGCCUCUACACCUGCCAAAUCAAAGAUGGAGGAGCGGGCCCUCAGUUUGAGAUUGUGCCUGAAGAGGAUCCUCAGAACGCCAUUGUGGCCUCGUCCGCCCUGACGUGCCACUCCAACCUGUUGAAGGCCGUCGCCGCCGUCAGUUUCAAGUCGGUGGCGCCAAUCGUGCCAUCAGGAGCAGACUUCUUUGGUUUUUCUCAUCCCACCAUCCAGAAUCUCAUCCAGAGUUGUCCCGGAGCUCGCAAAUGUAGCAACUACAGAUGGAUCCGUUUCGAGGUGUGUCGUCCCGGCGAUGGUCAGGUCCCUCACAGCCUGUCGGAGGACGACGCUUCGGUCAACUUUGAAGCCUAUCAGAGACACCGGGGCUUUGAUGAAAGCAUCAAGACGGAGCACAUCGCAGACCCCUCCGUCUCCGAGCUCGUCUCAUCAGCACCACCUGACCUCUCCCACCAUGAAGCCCUCCGCCUCAUAUUUCAGCUCCUGAGAUUCAGCGGGGAAGUCCAGAUCAUUCAUGAAAUAAUCAAAGUUCUCAUCCAUAUUUACAGAGUUUGUAGUUUUAUUUCUGGCAUCUUCUUCCUGGUUAAAACAAGUGUGAAAACUGAAGCAUUUGUCAGUAUUUGGGUUCCACCACCUGAUGAUAUGUUGUGCUAUCGACUGUGAGUCCCAAAUGGAACUGAUUCAUUUUUCAUCAGUAAAGAUUUUAUUCCUUAUUGUAGAGAAAAACUGAACGAAAUACCAUUUGUGCUUGUGUAUACUUAUCAUUUAUACACUCUCUCUGUCUCACUUUCUCUCUCUCUCUCACACUCUCUCUCACACACACACACACACACACACACACACACACACACACAUUGACUUUGAUGUAAACAUG